CGCCAACGUCCUGUAAGCGCCGAGUCGACCACUUGAUGCGACCGGAACCUGCAGCUUACCACCCAUGCAUCUCACAGCACGCACGCACGCCGGCACGCGUGCUGGAGCUUGUGAGACGGUGGCAUGGGAUUGGGUUGGCGUCGGAGGGGGAUUGCGGAGGGCGGCGCGAGAUCGCAAGACCUAGUGGUCCUUUUUCCCCUCUUGUUUCUCGUCUGUCUUUUUGCGGUCUGGGUGACCGAGUGGUACAAAAGAUAAAGGACAAAGAGGAAAGUCGGAAAGAGGGAGAGGACGGGGUGGGCACGAAAAGGAGCUCCAAAAGCUUGAGGAUCUUAUUCUUCUACUUUUACUCUUACAUCUCGAAAGGCCUGAUAUCCAACCUCGUUUGAAACCACCGGCACACACACGCACACACACACAUACACAACCCCCCGAAACCCCUCAUUCAAAGCUCUUGUCCUUGUCGGUUCCUGGCAGGUACCACGCACUCCGGAUCGCUCUCUCUCUCUCUCUCCCUCUUUGCGCGAGUGUACCGCUGCCGCCGUUGACCCUGCGCAAUUGCUGCUGCCGCCCUUGGCUACUGACCGAGGCGGGGUAAUUCCACCGCUUGUGCCUCUUCCGUGCCUCCUCGAUCUGAUCAUUGCUGCACUUUGAUUGCGGUCGCCGGGGUCAUCAUCUGCUACCCUUGAGAGAAGGCUAUUCUUGGAGCUGCUUGCUCGGAAAGCUGGGACAGGACGUAAUAAACAAGAAAGAGGGAAAAAGACAUGGCGACCCGGCCGGGCGAGGAGAAUGUUGCGACUCUCAUCGGAGACGUCCAUUAUUUCUAUGGCCCCCCGACGAACAAUCCACCACACCACCGCUUCGACAAGGGGUCCUAUAUUUACCUGUUUGAGAACGCAACCGACCGCCGCGCCCGCAUCGAGAUUGCUAACCAGCCCGGCACCGAAGACCAAGAUGCCUUUGACGGAUUCCUGGACAAGACCCACGUCCGAUACUCGUACAACCACCACUGCCUAGUGACGCUCAUCGUCGGCGAGACGACGGACCAGUUGGAAUGGCACCUCCCGACCUACGACCCCCAGAACCAGAACAAGUAUCACUACAAGCUCCAUUCGCUCGACAUCUACUUUUGGAAGGCCGAGGACGCGUUGCAGUUCGUCAACGGAAUCCGUUUCGUCCUCCCGCCUUCGCAGGUUGAGAUCCUCGACGAACCCCAACAGCAGCAGCAGCAUCAUCAUCACCAAGUCCACCAACCAGCUCCUGUAAGCUCCGUGGUGCAGCAGCUCGAGCACGUCGCGAUAUCGGAUCCCAACUACGGCUCGCCCAACGCUACCUCACAGACUGCCCCGCCGAGCUUCCCCGGGCCUCCUCCGACGUCAGCCGUCCUGUCUCCCGAACAGCAGCCGCAGCAGCCUGCGAGUUUCGUGCCAAUGGCAUACAACCCCGCGGCCCCGGCAGCACCCGAGGUCAUCCGCCACAGGGAAAAGACACCGCCCCCGGAAGACGACAUCGCUGACCCCCUGGCCGCUGCCGUCGCGUACGACGCGCAAGCCCCGUUCUCCCCGGGCUUCGUCCCGCCCCCUGGUUUCCAGAGCGCUCAAGGUGUCAGCGUUGGCGGCGCGGGUCUGCCGCCCCCUCCACCACCGCAGCAGCAGCACUUUGGUGGACCGCCCGCUCAUCCGGGGCUCCAGCGCGCCGCCACGGUGCCCGUGCAAACCCUUCACAGCGGCCUUGCGUCUCCCGGGUUGACGAAUCCGUAUGCGAGUCCGUUCCCCGCAUCCCCGGGCUUCCAGCCUCCUCCGCCGCCGCCGCUCCCUCAACAGCAGAACACCCCGCCGCCGUCCUCAACACCGCAAGCCACGCAGCCAGUCACGAGCCCCGGCCCGACAGCAACACCUGCGGCCGUGGCGGCGCCGCCCGUCGUCCCGCCAGGAGGCUUCUCGCAGUAUUCGUACACCAGCAGCAAUGGCACCGCCACGCCGCAACAGCAGCCGGGCGCGUUCGACUAUUCGAUCCACGCGCAGGCGUACCGGCCGACGGAGAUGGAGGCGAACAAGUACAAGGGCUACGCGGGCAAGCAGGACCCCUCGGGGAAGCUGGAGCAGAAUAUGGGCCGGCUGGAGAAGGGGGUCACGGGGAUGUUUAGGAAGUUCGAGAAGAAGUUUGGGUGAUUCAGAGCUUCGUCGUCGGUAAUUUGUUCCAGAGGUUUUGGUUUCCGUCGAGGGUGGUAAUGAGUGGGUUGUCGUGAACUACAUAAUGUCCAGACAUGUAUCCGCAAUGACCAGCGGGGGUUGAAUAUGUAAGGAGAGAGAGCUGGUGUGGAUAGCAUUGAAACCCAGUUUUGUUGUUGACAUUGGUACAUGUUGUUGUCUUGAAAGCACAGAUGGACGUCAGGGCAAUUUGAAUAAGCUGCUUGUCUACGGAGAUUGUGCUUCUCCUCUAGACGUAGAUACAACCGACUUGUUAUAUCCUUGCCUCACGGAUAGCCAGUGCAAAUGAUCCAGCAGCCCCCGGUCCGAGAACCGCCGUAACCGCGGUGAGGUAGAUCAACUCUUGA